CUUGUGCUUACAGAUAUCGGACCUCGGUUCCGGACCUUGAUCCCUCUAUUUCUACUGAUCAACCCGUCGUGUUGGAUCGCGGUCACCGGUAAUCUCCAUUUUGUAUGUUUCGUGUUUCAUCAGUGUUUAGACUUAGGCCCAUUAGACGCUACGAGAUAAUAGCGGGCAUUAGUCGUUGCGCGUAAAAAAUUAAUCUACGGUACUUUUGUUUGUCCCGUUACUUCGUAACUCCUUAUCAUAUCUGAAAAACGAAACAUGUCGCAUGGAGGGAGAAAUGAGUGUAGAAUAUACGUAGGAAAUUUGCCGCCGGAUAUCCGCACCAAAGACAUUCAAGACUUGUUUUACAAAUUUGGCAAAGUCACAUUUGUCGAUCUGAAAAAUCGCCGGGGUCCACCAUUUGCUUUUGUCGAAUUUGACGAUCCAAGAGAUGCAGAAGAUGCGGUACACGCCAGAGAUGGUUACGACUAUGACGGUUAUAGAUUAAGAGUUGAAUUUCCACGAGGAGGUGGACCAAGUAACAAUUUUCGUGGUGGACGUGGUGCCGGAGACAGUGGCAGAGGUGGUCGUGGUGAAAUGAGCAAUUCCCGUGGCCGUGGUCCUCCUGCACGACGAUCUCAAUACAGAGUAUUGGUAACUGGCCUGCCACCGUCAGGAAGUUGGCAAGAUCUUAAAGAUCACAUGCGCGAAGCUGGUGAUGUAUGCUUCGCUGAUGUUUAUAAAGAUGGAACCGGAGUGGUUGAAUUUUUAAGACAUGACGACAUGAAGUAUGCUGUGAAGAAAUUAGAUGAUUCAAGAUUUAGAUCACACGAGGGUGAAGUUGCCUACAUCCGAGUAAAGGAAGAUCAUAGUGACAGAGGACGCAGUGAAGAUAGAGAAAGAGGUCGUAGUCGGUCACGAAGUUAUAGCCCUCGUCGACGUGGCUCCCCUACUUAUUCGCCUUUGAGACGUUACUCGCGAUCCCGAUCUCGCUCCAGAUCUCGUUCAUACGACUAGUGUGUACGUAUGUCUCACAUGAUAAUAUAAGUACCAGAUUUUACCGAUUUUUCUUCCUUGCGAAGUUUGUUUCUUACCUAAACUUGAAAUGAAACCUCCAAAAAACAAAACAAAAAAAAAACCAGCACAGACAAUAUUUUGUAAAAAGAAAUUUAAUAUUAAUUAUAUUAAUUUCUCUUGUCAUUACAAAAUAACGUUUAUUAACGUUGAUUAUAUAAUUGUAUUUAGUGUAUAAUUCGAGCACGAUUCAUUUCAUACGUAGUAUAUACGUCUUCUGUUGAAUUUCUUAUUUUUCUCUGAAGUAAAUACAUAUUCAAUACGAGCAGUUAUUUCAUUUUUUUUAAGUCACUGUAAUAAAAUCUUGGUGACGCUAGGCUUAAAGUUGUUGACUUCAGACAGUUUAUAUAUUUUAUUACCUUCGCAAAAAAAAAAAAACAAAACAAAAAAAAUGAAAUCGUGCUCAUGAUUCACAUAUAACUGUUUAAUAUCCAAAAAUUCAUGAGAACUAAAUCUAAAAAAUACAUUCCUUCAUAUUUGCCAAUUUAUUUUGUCAUCACUGCUAUCUGUGAAAUGUGUGUGUAACAAUUUUGAAGUAUUAUUGCUGAAGGCUCUCAAAAACGCAUCAAUUCGAAAAUUCAAACUUGUGCUUAUUAUUAAUUUAUAUUUUGGCUUUGUGCUUGACAUAAGACCUAGUGGUGUCACUGUGAUACAUCUAUUGCAAAUAGAGUUUGAAUUGACAAUAACUCAUUCACCAUAUUUGCUAAUGUACACGAUUAUUCCUAACAAUCAGAGAGAUCUAUUUGCCAGUUGACAUUUUAAAGCCUAAACAAAGUCUCUUUUCUUAAUAUUUUAUAACAAUUAUUAUAUGUCAUGCACAUUUACAGUACUUCACACUAACAUAUUUGCAUAACAAGAUAACGAGAGCAGAUAGUUUCUUUGAAUAAUAAACGGAGAUGUGUGGAGAAAUAAAAAAAAAACCAAUUAUGUGGGGGUAAAACUUGUACUGAAUGUACUAACAUUUACAUGAAAUAAGUGCUUACAUUACAUACACUUAUCUGAUGCUUUUUGUCAUAAACUCGUCACACUGCUUAUAUAUGAUAUAAUAUAUACAUAGUAUUGUACAAAAUACUAUUUAUUUUGUAUACUGCCAAACUGACACCGAUGUUCAACUUGAAUAUACAUAACUACUCUUACUAACAUAUAUAUAUGCAUAUGUAUGUGCAGUGUAUAUAUAAAAAAAAAAAAAUUAACAAAUUAUACAAUUUUUAACUUUUGUGUGUAUGUAUAAAUACCUCAAGAUUGUUUACACAACUCAACGCGCGCUUUUGUUUGAUUUAUUCGUUUAAUUCAAUAUGUAAUUCUAAACCGAAUAAAACGUAGUGAUGACAAUAUCUCAUAUCACUAAAAUAUAUAUAAGCGUGACACACUUUAUACAUUAAUUGUAUUUUAUAUAUUAUAAUAAGCGCAGCAAAAUUUUUUUGCUUGAUAAUAAGAUACAAUUAGAAUAACAACGUUUCGUUAAUCAUUCUCCAAGUUCGCAGAAUGAUAUAUUUGUCUUUCGAGAUAUAAAAUGUAAAUUCAUUUAUAAAAUUUAACACUUCUCAGUGUGAAACUGCAACACGAUAUCUGUUACGAAAAAAUAAAUCUGGAUGGAUUGCUAUCGCAUCCGGAUUGAAAUAAAUAGGAAAUAACGUCUGAAAAAAUUUGACGACAUUCACAAACUAAUCAUUAAUUGAUACAUCAUCUCUUGCAUUUUCUGUGUUUAUGUUUUCCUUUCUCACGUAUUUGCAAAAAAAAAAAUUGAUAUAAUACAACAAGUAGAGAUAACUUAAACUUUUCUCGUAAAUUUCUAGAAGUCAUUACAAUUUUCUAGAGGUUAUUGAAAGGGAAACAUUUGAUACCAUGUAUUUUAAACGAUGCUAUUGUGUGCAAAUUAAUCCUGUGAACUGUUUCUUAUACCGAUCUUUCACGGUCAAUCAUACUGUCAGUAUGAACAAGUAUAUUUGUUGAUAGCGAAAAAAUUAUUUACCAAUCAAACAAAAGUUUUUUUGUUACGUUUUACAAAAAAUUUAUUUGCAACUUUUGUACACAACAAUCUUUAAUAAUAUUCGGUAUCAACUAAUAUUUCUGAAUGAUACCGACAGUAUUAUCGACACAAUCGUGUAAGAUUCGUAUAAGCAUUUCGUGCAUUUGUGCAAAUGUCUGUUCGUGAAUGAAAAAAAAAAAACUAUUUUACAAAAUCUAGACACGCAGUCUACUCACAUGUUCUCUAACGUGCGUCACAGGAAUAAAAUUUGCAUAAAAAAUAUCUUGUAUACGUAUAGCAUCGACUUGUAUCAUAUAAGAGACUAAUGUAUUUUUUCUUCUUUUGUAUAUUGGAUUGGAUAUAACACAAUGAGUGAAAAAAAAACUGAAAUCAACACGAUCUUACUUCUUGGAUGGAUAUAAUACACAUUCACUUGGCGUUUGGAUGAGAUGGAUUGCGUUGAUCAGACGGAUUUUCGUUGAGACGGAGAGGAUAAAUUAAAAAAAAAAAAAAAAAAGGAUUAAAAAAGGAUAAGGAUUAAAAGAUAUAAAAAAAAAAAAACGUGAAAAUAGCGGGAUAUAUGGGAUACUUUCAAGAGGAAAUUCAGGAUAUCGGAUAUACAUUUCUCAGCAUUUGUGGAUAUUCAAGAAUCCUCAAUUAUAGCAGGAUUUACUCCAGAUCAGGAAAUGUUGGCAAGUCCAUUACGAGGAGGCAAACUAUUUUUUUUGUUUUGAUAGUAGAAUACUAGACUCGAAGCGCUUCUAAACGCUGUUUUUUCAAAUGAGAAACAUAACGGAAGUGGAACUUUCUCAUUAUAUGUCGCGUGGAUAUUUCUAUCUGGAUCUCCAUUAAGGUGCUUCGGAUACAUAUAUAUACAUAUAUAUAUAUAUGUACAUAAGUAAUAUUAUUUUCGCGUGAUCACAUUAUCAUUAUUAUUUAUAGUCGGAAUAGUCAAACCAGUAAUGGAUUGUCAACUGUGCAGAUUUUUGAUCGGGAGCAUUUUUGUUUAUAGUAUAUAGUUUCUUGAACUCGUAGUGAAGAUUUUUAUAAUUUAUUUUUCGGAUCGCUUGGCGGAGAAAACGAAAUGUCCGCGUGUUGUUUUAUCCACUCUUUGAGUACAACGAAUGACGUCGAUAUUAGAAUCGACUGGUAAUAUAAAUAAUCGUUACGUAAAAAAAACAAAAACAAAAGUAUUUUAGUGUUAAUCGGAAAAAGGGAUGAAAGAGUGUAAUUCUCUUCGAAGAACUAUCGCGCGCGAUACACAAUCGUUUCGAUAAGAUCGGUGACUCAAAAAACGUCGUAAAAAAAAAAAAAAAAAACAAAGUUUCGUCGAGUGCAUCUUUUCGUCGCGUUACGUGGUAAAUCACACAGUGCGAAAUCUUCGGCGUUCGUUCGUCAUAAACAAGAGGAUGGUACGUUUGAAUAAACCGUCAUUUUUGACGAGGGAACUGUGACUUCAUAGCUUCUUUUAGAGGAGUACAACGGACAGGAUUCUGGAUAUAUUUGGAUUAGGAUGCCUUUGGACAGGAUUCGAAAAAAAAAAAAAAAAAGGGGAUAAAUUAGUAAUAUGCACGGACGGAUCUCUCUCUCUCUCUCUCUCUAUUUUUGGAUACGGAUACUAAUUGCCUGCGUUGGACCGUAUCGUAUAAUCAGCGGAUCGUGUCGAACGGAUCGGAUCGUUUAAGUGAAACAAUUACGCAAUAUGGAAGGAUGGAUGGAUGGAUGGAUUUGGAAAAAAAAAAAAAAAAAAAAAAAACGUGAUAUCGUUCGCGCUUCAUAGGGGAAUUCUCGCCUAGGUCGGAUACAGAUGUUUGGAUUACUCGUGGGAUUUCGCGUGAGAGAUCAGUCGGAUACAAGAUAGUCGGAUUUCUCUGAAGGGAGAAAAACGGAGAUAAGAUGAUGAUGAUGAUGGCUCGUAAGGUAUUUGCAAACAGUUUCUAUCUGAAAAAUUUAUACUAUAUCGAUCUUUAUUUCUGCAUGUUCUCUUUUUUUGGAGAUAUAUAUACUUACGUGUUACAUCUCAUUUUUUGUCACCAAAAAAAAAAAAAAAAAAA